GCAGGCCUAAGGUAAGUCACAGGCUGAUGAAGGGACGGGAUGACAGGCUGGUAGGUCGGUCGGUCUGACCCAUGCGCAACGCGGCGAGUGGAGACGAUUGAGACUCGGCCACCCAGCCACAUGGACGCAUCGGAACCACAGCAUGUUUCACCGUCAAGCCACAGCGCGCUAAUCUCCAAAAAAUUGUCGGACUUCGGACAGGAAGUUUUCGGGAUCCACGUGCGUAUCAGCUCAGUCAGACAUGUUCUUGGACCCAAUUGCGCGCUCUUGCCCGCAUAAGUUCUCGACAUUGUCCCAGAUGCGCCAGACGACGAAAUCCUGACGCUUCGCAGUCAAUUGGCUCUACCCGAGGAGGAACGCACAAGGAAAUGCCGCUCGGGACGGGGUCUUCUGUGGUUCGCCGAGUCGGGCGCGCCGCACGACUUCCUCGGUUACAGCCGUCGACGUGCUCAGAAUGCCUCAGGACUGCGACGCUCGCCGUCCAGAUACCGCGGCCUAGAGCCCUCUUUCACUCGGGACGACCAAGGCCUUCAGCGUGGGCUGCCGCCGUCUCGGUCGCCGGCAACAUCGUGUCCAAUGCCAUCACGCGAGCAGCCAAGGGCGAAAUGCCCUCCGUCGACCCUCUCCGGAUCGUAGCGAAGGAGAUGAAGUUCUUGACGGGAAAUAUCAGGAAAUUGCUCGGAUCCGGUCACCCUUCCCUCGACCGCGCUGCAAAGUACUACACCCAGGCAGAGGGGAAACACGUCCGGCCGCUCAUAGUGUUGCUCAUGUCGCGGGCGACGUCGCUCUGUCCGAAGGCGCCGCAACGCCAGCAGGCGACAUUACAGGCUUCGGCUGGCAUCGACACCUCCAUUUCCCCGCUAUCCAUUCUCUCCGACUUCAACCCUGCUGCCGGCAUUGAGAGCGAACCGGCCCACGCCGAUGCCGACAUCCUCCCCUCGCAGCGGAGGUUGGCCGAGAUCACGGAGCUGAUCCACACUGCCUCGCUAUUGCACGACGAUGUCAUCGACCAUUCCGUGUCGCGGCGCGGGGCGCCGUCGGCGAACCUUGAGUUUGGAAACAAGAUGGCCGUGCUGGCAGGCGACUUCCUUCUCGGCAGGGCGUCCGUGGCGCUGGCGCGCCUGCGCCACGCCGAGGUGAUUGAACUUCUGGCCACCGUCAUUGCGAACCUUGUCGAGGGCGAAUUCAUGCAGCUCAAGAACACGGCGCGCGACGAGACCAACCCAAAGUGGUCCGAGGACACGCUCACUUACUACCUACAAAAGACGUACCUCAAGACGGCGUCGCUCAUCAGCAAGAGCUGCCGCGCGGCCGCCUUGUUGGGCGGCGCUGAUGCGCAAACGGUGGACGCCGCGUACAGCUACGGCAGGAAUCUCGGGCUGGCGUUCCAGCUCGUGGACGACCUGCUCGACUACACGCGCAGCGAGAAGGAGCUGGGCAAGCCCGCGGGAGCCGAUCUCGAGCUCGGGUUAGCGACCGCCCCCCUAUUAUUCGCCUGGAAGACGAUACCGGAACUUGGGGCUUUGGUAGGGAGGAAGUUUGCAAACGAUGGGGACGUCGAACGGGCGCGAGAUUUGGUCAUGCAAAGCGACGGUAUUGAGCAAACACGCGCCCUUGCCGAAGAGUACGCCGAAAAGGCGAUUGCUGCGAUCAGCCCGUUCCCAGACAGCGAGGCCAAGGAUGGCCUAGUCGAAAUGGCCAUCAACACGUUGAAGAGAAAGAAAUAAGAGCCUCCGCCUCAGGCCUGCUUGAGCACUGUACUAACGAGACGACUCCUCUAUUCUCUACUGGCUGGAAGACAUUGGGAACGGGAAUGAGACAUAUUAGAGGAGCACCCAUGUACCAAGGUGUGCCCGGUGUGCGAAAGACGGUCUCGACAUCUCCAAGCCAUCUUGGAUAGGCCGCAAUGUGUAUGAUGAUGUGCAUUAUCUGGCGCUGCGAGGAAGACGGAUUGUCAUUCCUAAUUCAGCUCAGACCGAAGGAACUCCGGUUUGGGGCUCCAUUUUCGUGAAUAGACUCUUCUAGAACUGCUAGAACUCGCGCCUUUAGUAUGCUCAGCUCUCUGUCUUUUUAGCGAACAGCGAGUCGUGCGCCCCUAGCCAUCAUCGUAGAAAACAGGUCGACCAAGCGCUGACAGAGG